AGCAAUGAGCAUCCAUCUCUCCGUGCAGCACUGCAAACCUACAGUAUAGUCUUCAUCAUCAAUCACGUCACCCCAUUUUUUCUCCAGAUUACCCUGGCACCAAAUUCAGUUUCAUUUUUUCACUGACAGAAUCACUCAAUUGUGACUUGAUUCAUCCCAUCCAGGCUGGGCUGGUUGAGGGGUUAAGAGGUGGAUUGGGGUCCUGUCUAUCAACCUCCGGUAUGACGCUUCUUCGUGUGGGUGCUUCACCGUUGAUUAUGGCAGAGCUAGCAGACUGACUGCAGAGAAUGUGAAGUUGUUAAAGCUUUGAGUAAAAUCCGAGAGGCUUUUGGAAUCAUGUGCUCCCUGGCAUGCUCAGAGUAGGAUCAACCUUUGUGGUCUCACACACACUCAUCCACACUCACUCACGCACUCACUCUCUGUCUCUCCAACAACAGUUUUGUAAUGCAACAACAGUCUUGUAAGAAGAGGACAGAUGGGAGGAACAGAGCUGAGUUAAGGCCACAGUGAAGUCUGCUCACCUUACCCCUCGAUUUUGUAGCCAUUUUCUUCCUCUUUUUGUUCACAAUUAUUGUCGAAGCUGGCUUCGGACUGGUCCGCUACCUUCCGAUGCACUUUCGUAUUACUCCAGGUUCCCUUUCUUGAUGAGUUCUGGAGUGUGCCGAUGGUAAUUUUGGAGAGGAGGUGACGGCGUCAAGGCGAGAUUUCUGAGUGACGGGGAGAGAGAGAGUGAGAGAGAGUAUUGCAAGGCAGUGUUGGUAGCAGGUUGUGCACAAUUUGUUGGGUUUGGGAGGAGAGUUGUUGGGCUGGGUAUGUGGGACAAGCGCUGAUGUUGAGUGACGCCGUUUUCUGGUACAGUGAUACAUGACUUUGGUGCUUUGGUGUAGCAGGAAGUGGCGACAUAAAUGCUAUAAUCGAAUUCUUGCGGAGCCGAGUUGCGGUGUGAAUACAGCAGGGAGUGCUGCUUUCUUCCGACGGUGACAAUGAUCCAGAGAGAUAGGGCUUUGGGUCGUGUGCUUGGCCAGCGUUUGAUGGCAAUUUUGGUCUCCUUAAUGGUUAUGGCGGUCCUAGAAGUUCGAGUGGCAGCUCAAGGGCCAACUGCAAGUCCUACUGCAGCGGCGCCCAGCCCGCCCAUCACCUGUAGUUUUGCAAAUACCUCUAUGAUCUCCAGCAAUUGGUGCAAUUAUAACGAUCAGUCAAGGAUGGAAGCACAGACUGUAGAUUGUAAGGGUUUCUUGACGAACUCCAGUGAACUCACACCAAGUGCCGAGUGCUGCCGAGGCUUUAAUGAUGUCGCCUACAAUCGCACCGCUUGUAUCUGCAUGGCGACGUUCUACCCGCCUUCAACUCAUAAUGAAUCGCGGCAGCUCGUACUUCCCAGGUUGUGUGGUUUGAUAACUGAUCUGUGCGGUCAAUGUCCCACGUUCCUUGUUUCACGCUCGAAUGGAACUGCUUCUCUAUAUAUAGCGGACCAACCCUACUCAAAAGGAAAACCAGUGGCUUCCACAGUAGGCGCUAUUGCACUUGCGAUCAUUUUCGGGUUGCUUCUCGUCGGCGGCAUCAUGGCGCUCAUCAUUAUGUUCAUCAAGAAACGUAGAGCCAAGAACAAUCCUUCAGGAAUUUUUGAAGCUCCUCCUCCUGGGGGGGCGUUUUGAACGGUUCAUAGGGCUAGGUAAUAUCUUGACGUAUAUUUCGUCAUCGAAAUGACUAGCACCAAGACAGUGCGUCUCUAUACGUGUGUAUAUGUAUAUAUAUAUCUGUGCUUACGAGAAUGUGCCUCGCCAGAAGUCUGCCAUAACUGUAUGGCAUGGAAGAACUACUUUACGCAAUUAGGGGUUGGAAUCCACAGAAAGAAAUGUAGCGCACUGCGUCCACUUAGCUUGCACUUCGCUCUCAAAUAGCUGGAUGCCUGUCACAAGAGGUUGUGCAACUUCUUACGAAGCAUUAACAACUGAUUUAGUCCUAAUUUUGCACAA